GAGAAUUUGCCAGCAGAAAAUCUGAGGCAUCUGCAUUGCCGAAAAGCUCUUUUUACAGAGAUUAUGCAAAUCAGUCAUAUUUUUCGCCCAAAAUUAAAAAGAGAAAGGCGGUUCACUUACUUUAAAAGUAUCACUUGUCAUCUUGCAUUUCCGUAUAGAAGUUUUACGGCGUUAUCUUCACAGGCAGAGCAUUUCCGGAAAAAAGAAAAGACUACGGGAUUUCACCAUAAAUUGCUACGAAUUUUUUAAACCUAUUUAAUAGCUUUCUUUUUUCUGAGUAAACCAUGAAAUCUGCUUUAGCUGAUUAUUGUAUUCUAGUCCUCUCAUUUAUCUGUGUACUCAAAUCAGAGAAAUGUGUCCAGGAAUAUAUUGGAAGGCAGAUGGUGUUUGAAGAAAACAAUCCUUUAAGGCUUGACUGCUCAAUUCGACACUAUGAACAUGCAAACUCUACCGUGAACUGGUACAUGAAUGGAAAUGACACGCCUUUAAUUACACAACCUUUUUCAAGAGUAUUCCAAGAGAAAACCAGCCUCUGGUUUAUCCCUGCAAUAGCUCAAGAUUCAGGAUUGUAUCACUGUAUUAUAAGUUAUAGGAAUUCAACAAAAUGUUAUAAGUACAGCGUCCCAAUUACAGCUCUCAAUAACAGCGCUGGGCUUUGUUUUAACGAAAAAUACUACCUUAAGCAAACCUUGUUUCCAAGAGGACCAUCUCCGAUUGUGUGUCAUCAAGUGAAUGUGUUUGGACAGGAAGUAGAUUAUCCUUCCAUCCGUUGGUAUAAGGAAUGUGAGCCAAUACAAGGAGAACGAUUUGUGUUCUUCAGAAACAAUCUUAUUCUCAAAGAUGUGAAAAAAGAUGAUGAGGGAAAAUAUGUAUGCAAAGGAACCUAUACUUUUAGAGGAAAUAAAUACAAUUUUUCAAAUAGUAUUUUAAUGAAUGUAUUAGAAGGUUUAGCCAGGAAAAGAACUGAAAUUUUGUACCCCAAAAACCAUACUAUUGAAGCUGAUGUUGGAUCCAAUGUCUUUACAGAGUGUAACGUAUCAAGUUUCAGAGACACACAGAUUUCUAUAUCCUGGAGAGUCAAUAAUACUCUAGUUGACAAGCUAUUUAAAGGUAGAAUUAUAGAAGGAUUUCAAACAAGUAUUCCAAAGGAAGGAGCAGAGAUUUUUACAGUCUCUCUGAAUAUUACAGAGUUGAAAAAUGAAGAUUAUGAUCAACACUUUACUUGCCAUGCAGGUGAAGUUGCAGCAUACAUCAAAAUACAGCGCCCAAUCAAAAACCAUGCAGUUUUUGUGAUAUUGAUAUUACUACUGAUUAUACCUGUAUUAAUCUGCAUCUUCUUCAAGAUUGAAAUUGUCCUUUGGUAUCGGAAAUCAUGUCGUCCUUUUUUUCAUAAAAAAGUUUCAGAUGGGAAAAUCUAUGAUGCAUAUGUGUUAUAUCCAAAAAUCAGCAGCCAAGUUGACUUUGUACUAAAAGUACUGCCUGAAGUUCUGGAAAAACGGUGUGGAUACAAUCUCUUUAUACCUGGCAGGGAUGAUUUGCCAGGAAAAGCCUUAGUCAACGUUGUUGAUGAAACCGUUACACAAAGCAGGAGGCUGAUUAUGAUUCUAGUACCUGGGCUAUCCAGCUCAGAAGAAGCUCCUGAGCAGAAUAUAGCAGUGUAUCAUGCUCUGAUACCUGAUGGAAUGAAAACUAUCCUGAUCGAAAUGAGUAAGAUAAAGGAUUACAGCAACAUGCCAGAGUCCAUUAGAUACAUCAAGCAAAAACAGGGAGCUAUCAGAUGGAAAGGGGAUUUCAUGAAGAAAGAUUCUUCUUCGGCCAAUAGUUCCUUUUGGAAAAAGGUCCGAUACCGAAUGCCACCGGAACAUCAAGGAUCCCAAGAACUAGCUCUGAUGCCAGCCCCUUGCAGCGUCUCCUAGAUGAUAAAAGCAUAGUCUUGAGGUCAUUUCAGAAUCCCUCUGGAAGGACUUUUGCAUUAAAGCUGAGGCAACAUGUCCUAGAUGGUGGAGAUGGAUUCCUAAAUUUAUAUGUCACGUUGGAACUUAUUUUCUUUUUUAUUCACCAAAUUAAGGUACUCCCAGAAGCCGAAUUGUACAGCAUUUUCAUUUGCACUUUUUAAAAAAAAUGUAAUGUGAAGAGGAAUUUUUUUGGGGGGAUAAAGAAUUCCUGCUUACAAAUAUGGUACAAAUACCAUGACUUACUGGCUAAUUUAAUACCAUCCUUUUAGUUUCAGAUGCCAAUCCUGCCUCAAUGUAUGUUUCCAGGUUCUGUGCAGUAGCAUGGAAAAUUCAUCUGAUGAUGACCUGUGCUAUAAACUAGAUUUCCUGAGCACCUAGUUUAGCAUGUUAUUAAAGUGCUUUGUUACCUGGUAGAUCUAGUUUUCCACAUAUUAACCUUUUAUGCUCUCCUGCAACCAUGUAAUGCUCCUAUCCCUUCUUUUAGACAGUCAUUUUUAAAUAUGCUUUUUAUUGUUUUCACUUUGUAGUAUAUUGUUUACUAUUCUAGAUUUUUUAUAAGCAUGUUUAGGUUUUAUUUUUACUGUAUCGUUUAAGCUUCUUAAAUAACCAGAUUCUGCCCUAACCAGAUUCAGCGUCUCAAAUAUUUCAUUUUGACUUGUUCUGUUUUUUAAUACAAUUUUUGGAGCUUUCUCAUUUUCAAGAGAGAAAAUCUGCAUGUGCACGCAUACACUUGUGGCAGGUUGCAUUUCCACUGGCAUCCUAUUUUUGAACCUCUGCUCCCCUUAGUGAGUACUAAGUGAUGAGUUAGAUAAGCCCCUGAUACAGUUUUAUUUUUGCAGACUCUUUUUGCAGGUAUACUAACAUAAUAGGUUAGGAGCAGGGGUGAAAUUCAAAAAUUUUCCCUACCGGUUCUGUAAGUGUGCCUUGGUGGUUGUGGCAGGGGAAGGAUAUUACAAAAUCCCCAUUCCCACCACACUCCUGGGGGAAGGGUAUUGCAAAAUCUGCAUUCCCACUCCACUCUGGGGCCAGCCAGAGGUGAUAUAUGCCGGUUCUCCGAACUACUCAAAAAUUCCGCUACCAAUUCUCCAGAACCUGUUAGAACCUGCUGGAUUUCACCCCUGGUUAGGAGGCCUGAAAUUUUUGAAUGCCCUGUCUUUAAUAUUUCCUUUCAUUAGCUCUCUAAAGCAUUAGAAAGAGGCCCUACACCAUGUGUAACAAUGCAAAGUAUUAAUCUUCAAACCUACAGACGAGUCUUUUUGCAUUGCUAUAUACAUUUAAAAUUUUAACACAGCUGAGAGUCUGUUUUUAGCAGUAUAUAUGCAACAUGCUCUUUUUUUUGCUUGAAAAUAUAUUCUAAUGUAUGUAUAUUAUUUUUAUGAUGUGAACUGUCUAGAAUUGAUUUAAACCAUGUGGAUGCCUAAGUAGAAUUAAAUAAAUAAAUACUGUUUCCCCUUUAGUCACAAAUAUGAGCUUGUGCUUACUAUAGAUUGACAAAUGUGCUCAGAUUAGGGAUAAGCUAUACUGCAACCUAAUUAAUUUGGUAUUAAUAUGCCCUCAAAAAAUGUUUUUUUCCCAAAUAAAAAUAACAGUGGUGAAUUUUUAAAAAAUAUUUUAUUUUAGUGAUAGCUCAGAUUAAAGAUCUACACAUUGGUUGUAAAUUAAAACAUUAGGUUGUAUUAUCUUUUACUUUUGCCAAUAUAUUGGAGUGUAAGAAAUUAUUAGCAAGAAUGAAAUAGUUACAUGUAUGAUGAAGUAAUGAAUGUAUAAUAAUUUUUAUUGUUUAAGCUAAAGAUGGUUGCAAAAAAUCAAAAAGGCUUGAUACCAUGGCGAACAAAAUUAUAACAAAGAAU